AUGAUUUUCUUGCAACGACUCAGAAAGCUCAGGCUAAUCAAACUCGCAUAUUUCGAAACCCUGACAUAUUUGAACACACCCACGGCGUUGUCCUGGGAGCAUAGCAUCACAUCCGUGCUUCGACAACUCAGGGGCCGUCAGAUCGAGAAAAUGGCGGAUAACAGAAAGAGUGACAACCCUCUCGAGAGAGAGUUGGAUUUCGAAGAUGCUAUCGUCGCAGCGGGAGACACAGCCAAGAACACACGAAACACGCCCAAUGCAGACGCAAGAAAGAAAGCUGAGGAAGCUGAGGCCGAGGCGGCCAGAAAGAAAGCUGCAGAAGACAGGCAGGUGCAGAUGAAGGAAGCGAUGAUCAGAGCCGGGAAAGAGAGCAGAGGCAAACGUUACCCCGACGAGAAUCAGAAGUAUGCUGGAAAGUAGCUGGCCAGUGUUUCGAUAACGGACACGAAUGGAGCACUGAGGAAAAAAGGCUUCGGAAGCACUUGGCCGGUAUUCAGAGAUGGGCAACCGACGUGAGUGAAGUGCUGGG